AUUCAUGACACUUCAAAGUGUGCAUUUUGUUCAGAAACUGGAAUAUAAAACACCAUACAAUGUUAAAGUGGAGCAUUCAUGCACUGAAAUCUUUUGAAUCAUUGAACAGUGAGGCGAAUUGCAGAAGGGUAGCGUUUAUAGAACAAUGCUUUGGAGCUUCAGGACAGCCCCUAGCAUUGCCAGGAAGAGCAUUGGUAGGAGAGGGUGUAUUGACAAAGAUGUGCAGAAAGAAACCAAAACCCAGACAAUUCUUUUUAUUCAAUGAUGUUUUAGUUUAUGGUUCCAUUAUAAUUAGUAAGAAAAAGUAUAACAGACAACAUUUGAUAUCACUAGAAGAUGUUAAAUUAGAAAAUGUAGAUGAUGAAAUGUGUAGGUCAUACACAACUUCAGGAACAGCAUUAAGGAAUGGCUGGAAGAUUAUCAGUCCCAGUAAAUCCUUUGUGGUUUAUGCAGCUACAGCAACAGAAAAGUCUCAGUGGAUGUCACAUAUAAGAAAAUGUGUUAAUGAUUUGUUACUUAAACGGGGAAUAACCCAGAACUCUGAGAAUGAUUCACCAGUGUGGGUACCAGAUUCAGAUGCUUCUACUUGUAUGCACUGCAAGAAAUCACAGUUUUCAUUGAUUAAUAGAAAGCAUCACUGUAGGAAGUGUGGCAUGGUUGUUUGUAAUGCCUGCUCCAAUCAAAAAUGGUUACUUCCCCAGCAGUCAUCACAUCCUCUGAGAGUAUGCCUUACUUGUUAUAUGCAGCUUACAAAAUCUAAAAAUAUGACAGGAGUGACCCCUACCCCUGUACAUGAUGAUACGUCAGGAGAAGAUACAUCAGAUGAGGAGGAUGACGAUAGAACAGAUGGCGCCACUGGAGAGGCACAAGAUGAUACAUUUACAGCAUACGAUGUGAUAAACUGAAAGUAAAUUAUCUAAACUGAUACUAGACCACCGGAAAACACAGAUAAAAUAGUCAGGAAUUAUUUUUUAUAUGAAUUACAGUCUUAUGAAUCUGUGUGAGAUUCAUUUUUUAUUGCUCUAUAGAAUUGAUUUAAAGUGCUAACAAAACUCAAAUGCAAUGCAUGAACAGUAAAACCAAUAGAUGGCCAUAACCUGAACAGUGUAUGAAGUGAAUUGACAUGUUUUGCAUUUAUUAGAUUACUAAGAGAUUUUUAUAAACAAAUUCAUUUGCUUGAGAAAAUAUAUACCUGUGAAUUAAAAAUGUUUGCCAUGUUUUUACUAUUGUAAAAAAUGCAAUGUUUUUACUAUUGUAAAAAAUGCAAUGUUUAUAGGUUUUGCAAAAAAUAAAAAUUAAGAUUUUGACAGCAUUAUUCAAUACAGCAUUUCCUUUAUUGCAAUAAUUGAUAUCACUUGUUCAUUGUUCAAAAAUAGCAAUUGAUGAAUGCAUGCAAACAUUUUUAAUUUGUAGAACCUGAAAUUUUUUUUCCAUUUUGAAUUCAGAUUGAUUAGAGUUGUGGAGUACUUUUAUCUUGUUAAACUUUUGAAAAAUCAUAAUUUCAAGUGAAAGGUUUAUUUUGUAUUUUCUAGAACUUUUAGACAUCUUCUUUAGAUGCAAUCAAUUAGAAUUCUCCUCUUUUGUAUAAAUUGCUUUUACUGCAGUAAAAAUUUAUAAAUUUGCUUGGAAAAAACAUAUUUUUAGUAGAUUUUUCAUGUUAUCAGAUUUUUAGACUAAUUGUUAUUGUUGAAGUUCUCUCAACUUUAUGGGGACAGGUAAUAGCCAGUCUGUUAAGUUCUACAGACUUAGUUUCAAAUAAUUUUAGAAAUCAUAUUUGCACGUGAACACUUAAAAUUUUAUAUAAAAUUACAAUUUAGGUGCACAAAAAGGGUGAAAAUAAUUGUAUACUUUAGAAGUGUGUCAUAAGCAUCAAAACAGGCUUGAUCAUUACACUGAAAAUCAUCUGCUUAAAAAAUUAUCUAAUAAAUAUAGUUAAUCCCUAUCAUAACCUUAAGCCUUAAAAUAAAGCCAGAUAUUUUUUGGAAAAUAGUAAAUAAUUGUAUGAACAGUUAUUCUAUUUAGAUAAUGAACCAUUAAAAUCUUUUGGAUGAGUGAUAAUAAUCUGCCAAAUUAGGCUAGAUAAUUUCUUCAAACAAAUAAAUAAAUGUAUUAAUAAUUGUCCUAUCCAACUCGGAUAAUUAACCCCUUUUAUUAUUACAAGCUAAGUCUCACAUCAAGCUUGAUAAUUAUUUGUAAAGUGUACAAAAAAACAUGGGAAUGGCUAUUUUCAAUUUUAACUCUUAUGUGUAUUAAAAACCUCUUUUUCUACUUUAAUCAUGUCAGAAAAUUCUCCUCUAAUAAUACUAUUAACUGAGAGAUGGAAAUGUCAUCUUAGGAUGUAUGUGGUGUAUGGUAAUAGGUUAAAUUACAAAUACUGUAAACCAA